AUGCAACCAACGCCGGUGAAACUGCCAGCCAUGGGAUCAAGUGGCAGAAAAAGUGGCCAGUCGACUUUCGGAUCGAGCCGAUUGAUGCGUGGACUAAUUUUUCGGCUUUUUGCGUUAAUUGUCGCUGCCGUUGUCGAAGAGAUCGGCGACCUCGUUUUUAAACAGGUUCGACCUCAGGCACCGUCGAGCGACUGCCUUUCGAUAACUUCUUCUGACGACCUCGGGCGUCCGGUGCUUUGUUUCAUCUUGAACGACUGGAAACGGCGGCGGGAUAGUAAAAUUUUUCGCCCUACAGUCGUCAGAGGUCCUACUAGACAACCGUGA